UGUAACUUUGUAUAAUCACUAGUCUAUGGAAUUGGUCGUUAGCGAGCACGAUCAUACGUAUUCCCAAACAAAUCUCGAAUCGUUUGUCCUUUUCUAGAAUCAGGGAUUCGCACAAAUCGAGCCAGAUGCGAAUUCUCGGGGAGAUCGCGGAGACCCCUUUCGUGAUUUCACAGCUAAGCCCUAAUUCUCCGGCCACCGGAGGAGGUUUUAUCGGCGGAUGGGUCGGGAAGUGCCAUGGGUUUCUCCACAACACGGUUCUGGUCGUAGCAGCGAUUCUAUUCGUCGCUUACUUAGCGUACGAGGCGAAGAAGAGCUUGGCCAAGCUCUCGAAUCGGAGAUCUUAUAUUAUGAUUGCGUAUUACGGAUGUCUUUGGCUUGUUAGCUUGCUCAAUCUUGCUUGGUGUUGCCUUCAGGCAUGGGAAUGCACUCCUGGGAAAGAAGUAGUUUGGAAUGUAUUGACUUUGUUCACAACAUCUGGAAUGUUGUUUCUUGAAGUAAGCUUGGUAGCCUUUCUCUUCCAAGGGAACUAUGCAAGUGGCUCUGAAGCAUUGACUCGAACUUUCCUCAUCUCUGGGCUUGUUAUUGGUCUUGAUUUGCUUCUCAAGGCCAUCUAUCUCUUUGGAUUCGGGGUAGAAUUGUUUAUCGACAACAAUGAACAUAUACAAAAGGUGAAAUGGGGAUUAUGGGUCAUCCACAAGCUCUUGCUUGCGGGUAUUUACGGGAUGAUAUUCUUCAUGUACAACUCUAAAUGGAGAGAAAGAUUACCAGCAAGACCUGCUUUCUAUAAGUACAUAACUUGCAUGCUCGCCUUAAAUGGACUCUCCCUAUUCGCAUGCACUCUUGCUGCAAACGGCGCUCAUUUUGGAUUAUGGUUGUAUGGGAUCACAAGUGUUUGUUACCAUGCCUUCUAUCUUCCUCUUCUGUAUGUUACUUUCCUUGCAGACUUCUUCCAGGAAGAAGAUCUGAACUUGGAGAACGUCUACUAUUCAGAGAUGAAAGAUGCUGGAUUCUUUGACGCCGAUUGGGAAUAACAAGAACCUGUAUAUACAAUAUGUCUAGAGUUGUUUAUAUAUAUAUCAAGUUAUUCUCACUUCUUUUUAGGGCCUACUCUUACUUAUGCAUGUGUAAAGACUCCUUGUACAUUAUGAUAUAAAAGUUUGCUUGAUUCAGAAAA